UCUAAUAUCUUUUGGAGAUCAUUCUAACAUGGUUGUGGCUACUUAUCACCAUCUAUAGCAAUCUCCAACUGGAUAAAUCCCAACUUGUUCCCAUCAUUCUUGUAGGGUUACAGUUACAUCCGAUCCUCUAGACAGAUUGUCCAACUCCCCCCACCACACCCUCUUGCCACCAGCCCGACCCGAACCCGACAGAAUGCAACCCCUCAUCAUGUGCUCCAACUCACAUGACCCUUCCUUUUUCAUUCUUAUUUAAGGCUUAUUCAUUCUCCCCCCUUUCCCACUCAAUAAAAGCUUACAAACAAAGAUAGAAAGAAGAAGAAAAAAAAGAAAAGGUACUAGUACGUCUUAUAACAAUUAAGUGUCUUCUUCCUUAACAAGAAGCAAGAAGCAAGAAGCAAGAAGCAAGAAGCAAGAAGCUAAUUAAGGUCCAUUUUUGGUACUAAAGUAUCCCACAAAAAUAUGGCUGUUGAAGUUGCCUUGGAAGAUGAUCUUUUCUUUGCUGACUUAAAUAGGCAAAUCUCUCUGUUGAUAGAUGAUGAUGAUAACGAUUGCCACGAUUUCCCCGUUGCUCAUUUCCCUUGGAUUUCUCAUCAGGGCUAUCCAGGAUCAAUGAACCAUCAUCCACAAAUAAUGGGAUCACAAUAUUUGUACCAAGAAAAUAGCAGGAUAAGCAAAGGAACAGGUGUAUUUAUUCCACAAUCAUCUCAGCCAAGGAGAAAAUACAAGCAAGGAAAGCGUAAUUCACCACCAUCCUACACCUCCAAAUCUAACAACAAACAACAACUUGUUAAUGCCAAGGGUAGGGUGGCAAACACGCCUGCUCAUACUAAUCUCUCCGCGGAUAAUUACGCAACUAGUUACAUUAAUACUUAAUAGGUACUAACCAACUUAAUUCAUCAAGAUUAUGGCUAGCUAUUUAUAAUUUUUAGGGAUUGAAAUUCAAUAAUUACCAGUAUUCUUUUCAGAUGAUGAUGUAGUUUGCUAAGAUAAAUAAGUAAAAUUAAUGAGCUACUUAAAUUAUUAUAGUUAAUUAGUAGCAGCUUGAUUUUUGUAACAUAAUUUGUUAUAAGGGAGGUCUAAGCAAUGGACUGCAAGACCUUAAUUAUAUUGUAAGCCUCAUUUUCCCAUUGCUAUUUUUCAUAUAUAAACAAUUAUUAUUUGCCGUCCGAAA